CCCACCCUGACGCCUCCCCCCAUUCCAUUCCCAAUUCCCAAUCACCGGCCAGGCGGCCACCGCCGCGCCGCCGCUACCAAAUCCUCUCCUCGCCGCGCCGCGCCGCGCUGCGCCGCCGUUCCGCGUGGCCAGCUCGCUGCAAUGGGGGUGUUGGAGGUGUCUUCCCUGGCGGCCCUCGAGAAGGAGAUUGAUCUCUGGUCGGGAGGGCAGCGCCCUCGCGUCGUCGUCCGCGUCCCCCACGUCGGGGACCUGUUCGAGGCAGCCCCGCUUCUCCACCGCCUGAACAAGCAGGUCUACGACAGCAGAUUUCUCUGGAAGGUCGACGACGGCGCGCUGGCUUUGCUCCUGCAGGCCAGCGAGUACUACCAGAAGUUGGACCUACUAGAGCUUCACCUCGACCUGAUGAGGUUGGACAUCGUGGAGGGGAUCUCCAUGAAGAAAAUUCGGUUCGACGGCGUUCGUCAGACCGCUAACGAAGUCGUCAUCCACGCCCAUCCGGCCUCCAUUAUCGAGGUUCUCGACAGCAUAACCAUCGAAGGCCAGCGUAUCGCCAGGGUCGCGAACCUGCUCGGCUUUGGCGGCGCUGGCUUGGAGGAGACGAAGCUCAUGGACGACGACCUCGAGUGGCUCCUGGAGGACGUGUUUGAGGCAGGAGAGGUCGGGGAUGUCGAGGCCGUGUACUUCGAGGAGGACAUGGUCAGCGUCGAAGACAGGGAGGCCGGGCUCCCCGUUGGGUCAGGCGACGAAGGCGCCCUGAGCAACAGGCUCGACGCCCUCCACCUCGGCGUCGACCAGCGCGGCGUGUUCUACCCGGUGGUCGGCAAGGGGAAGAUCCUGACCGGGCUCGCGGACCAGGACAACGCGCUCCACCUCGCGAGUGGCUUGGAGGCCGGCGAGCACAACCUUGGCGACGACAUAGGCCAGGUGAACCCGGUGGCCAAGGACGGCGCGCACCACCUUGGCCACAUCAACAGCAAGAUAAACCCGGAGGCCAAGGAGGACGCAAUCAAGGGUGUGCUCCUUCAGAAGAUCAGCCGCCUUCAGCUGGUUCUGCAGAGGGUCAAGAGAGGCCCGUUUUUUGUUUAGCUUCAAUUCAAAGUUAGGAUGUAGCAUACAAGGUUCUGCAGAGGGUCAAGAGAGGCCCGUUUGUUGGUUAGCUUCAAUUCAAAGUUAGGAUGUAGCAUACCACACCGCGUCAGCAUAGGGCAAUACAAGUUAGGAUGUAGAAACAGCAAUUGUACACCAGAGAAGGUGGUCUGGGAAAAGUUUAUGACUAUCUUCUGAGUGUAUGAGCUCGGUUUGUUGAGCGGGCUCUGGCACAGUUUAAUGGAAUUGCACUUCAAGUCUAUGACUAUGAACCAUCCUCUGCCAGCAGUAAUAGUGAUUUGUGCCUUUUCC